UAAUUAAACCACAUUGAAGAUGAUUCAAUAAAAUUAAUAUUCUCUUCACUAAAGUAAAUUGUUAUGCAUUCAAAAUAAGGCUAGUGGGGCAUUUAAUGAUUGCUGGCGUCUGAUUGUAUCGAUUUGCGAGGCACUUUAAUCAAGCAUGUAGCCAACAAACCAACCAAUUUAAUUAGGCAAAGUGCUCGUUGAACUUGACUCGAUGGUGCGCAGUUAAUUUAUCAUUUAAGCGAGUUCCGGCCAACGUAAAGGAUGUCUCAACCGACACCAUUGGUGCAGCCGUUGCUGUUGCAAUUCCAACAGCUGUUUUUCAUAUCGAAAAUUGUGGGCGUAUUACCGCAGGAUCUGGACAAGUUUCGACACAAGAAUAUGCUGGAAAAGUCUCGCAAUGGCAUGUUUUAUAUGCUUGGUGUUUUGAGUGUUUACGUCGUUCUCUACAAUCUGCUUAUCUAUUCCUUUGGCGAAGAAGACCGCACCCUCAAGGCAUCACAGAGUACUUUGACAUUUGUUAUUGGCUUGUUUUUGACCUACAUUGGCCUGAUUAUGAUGGCCACCGAUCAGCUUACUGCACUGUUCAAUCAAGGACAAUUGGGUGAGCUCUACGAACGGAUUCGUGUAGUAGACGAACGUCUUUAUCGCGAGGAAUGCUUACUUGACAAUAGUUGCAUUGCGAAACGCAUUCGCAUCAUGCUGAUUAUGACAUUCAUUUUUGAGAUAUCCAUCCUUGUGGCCACCUAUAUUAAUCUCGUCGAUUAUACGCAGUGGCUGUCGCUGUUGUGGAUUGUCUCAGCUGUUCCGACAUUCAUCAAUACGCUAGACAAGAUCUGGUUCGCCGUAUCGUUGUAUGCGCUCAAAGAACGUUUUGAGGCAAUCAACGCCACCCUAGAGGAUCUUGUGAUGGAGCAUGAAAAGUACAAGACAUGGCUGAGUGGCAAUGAUGCAACGACAGCGACAGUUGGCAAUCGAACGACUGACCAUCCCCCACAAUCAUCACCACCACCACAAUACGAUAGCAAUCUGGAGUAUUUGUAUAAAGAGUUGGGCGGCAUUGAUGUGGGCUCCCUACGCGGCUCUGGCAGCAAAAAUCGAAAUAAAGUUGCACCAAUUGCCCAUUCGAUGAACUCAUUUGGGGAAUCGAUUCCAACUCCAUACAAACCACAACGGAUGAACACAAAUCCCAUGAUUAAUAUGGCACACGAGAGCGAAUUGAGCAAUGCAACCAAGGUGGAGGAGAAGUUGAACAAUCUGUGUCAGGUACACGACGAAAUCUGUGAGAUUGGCAAAGCAAUGAAUGGCUUAUGGAGUUAUCCCAUUCUAUCACUGAUGGCCUAUGGUUUCCUCAUCUUUACGGCUCAGCUAUAUUUCCUCUAUUGCGCCACGCAGUUUCAAUCGAUACCCUCGCUAUUUCGAUCGGCCAAGAAUCCCUUUAUCACUGUCAUUGUCUUGGUAUACACGUCGGGCAAGUGCAUUUACUUGAUUUAUCUCAGCUGGAAGACGUCAUUGGCCUCGAAGCGAACUGGAAUAAGUUUGCACAAGUGCGGCGUGGUCGCGGAUGAUAAUUUGCUAUACGAGAUUGUGAAUCAUUUGUCGCUGAAGCUACUCAAUCAUUCGGUAGACUUUUCUGCCUGCGGUUUCUUCACCCUGGACAUGGAAACAUUGUAUGGCGUUAGUGGUGGCAUCACCAGCUAUCUCAUUAUCCUCAUUCAAUUCAAUUUGGCUGCCCAGCAGGCUAAGGAUGCCAUUCAGUCGUUUAAUAGCUUCAAUGACACAGCCGGGUUUGUGGGCGCUGCAACUGAAAUGGACAACGAAAGCUCUACGCUGUAUGAUAUGGUCACAACCACAAUGAUGUCGCCCACAUAUUAA